AGUUGUUCGUUGAUCGAAUCUGCGCUGGAGUGAUUGCACGACACUCCACCUCUCUUUCGUCCCCAAUCCCCUUUCCUCCCACCCUCCUUCCCCCAGAGAAUACAUAAUGACCGACGUAAGCGAUGAUUAGAAAAAAGAAUAAAGGAAUAAAACUGCGCUCAAUGACAAUUGAUACGCCUUUUAACACUGCCAAUGCCAAACAAUAACAACACCAACUAUGCACUCGGACUCGGUACCAUUGUUACUCAACCGGAUGCUCGGGCACGAUUUCAGGAGCAAGAGACAUGUCGUCUAUGCCCCGAGGAUAAGCCCGAGUUGGGCACGUGGAUUUGCUGUGAUGUCUGCGAAACUUGGUACCACGUCCGAUGCUUAAAGAUGAGCUUGGAGGAGUUUGAGGUCAUAGACCAGUACCACUGCGCAGACUGUGUGCCCAAGGCUGGUCCCAGCACUCUGCUGCGAAAGUCGUCGCGCAGAACUGGAAAGAUUAAUUAUGCGGAUCUUGUGAACGGGAUCGUGAGCCAUCAGGAUAAAUGGCGCGUCUUGCUCGACUCCCACCAGUUCCUUCCGGACAAGUUCCCUAGGGUUGCAGGCAAAGAUCUGACCAUGAACUGGCUGCGUUCGACAGGAUUCAAAACUCCAGUGAUUGUGAAACAAGAUCCAGAUAGAACCACAGAUGGCCUGGAUAUGAAGAUGCCACCGAUAACUUUAUCUGUGGAUGAUGUGCGUGAUGCGGUUGGCGCAGAGACGCCAGUCGAGGUUAUUGAUGUGGCAACACAGGCGGAGCUCCUGGACUGGAACAUGGGUGCUUGGGCAGAUUACUUCAAGAUGGAGCACAAGGAGAGGGUCUAUAAUGUCAUCAGUUUGGAGAUCACCGGGACACCACUUGCGGAACAAGUUCAGAGACCAAGAGUUGUCAGAGAGCUGGAUUGGGUUGAGAAUUUUUGGCCGAAAACACUGCAGCCAACAGAGUUCCCAAAGGUGCAGCUGUACUGCUUGAUGAGUGUGAAGGAUUCGUUUACAGACUUCCAUAUUGACUUUGCAGGGUCAUCGGUGUUUUAUCACAUCUUGUCAGGGUCGAAAAUUUUUUUCUUUGUCGAGCCGACUUCGACCCACCUGCGGAAGUACGCAAAGUGGUCGUCGUCAUCUGAACAAUCCACCACAUUUUUUGGCGACGAAGUUCCGGGAAAGUGUCACAGGGUCGAGCUCAAGCAAGGAGAUACGAUGCUGAUUCCUGCAGGAUGGAUCCACGCUGUCUACACCCCUUCGUCCUCUGUCGUCAUUGGUGGAAAUUUUAUCCAUUCGCUCCAUGUCCCCAUGCAGUACCGUGUCUGCGACAUUGAAAUCGAAACCAGUGUUUCACCCAAGUUUCGGUUCCCAUUUUUUGAGAAGCUGAACUGGUUCGUCGCUCUUGGCAGCAUGGAGCGUGGACUUGAUUAUCUUGCAACACUCUCAGGAACAGAACUCAGAGGCAUCCUGGCAUUGACCGUUCACCUGUAUAACCGACAACGGAGUCUGAGACGCAACCCUCAACUUAGCAAAGAGGAACGACAUAUGAUCAAGGCCAGCAUACCGCCAGAGGCAUCCAACUACAACAAUGGGGGAACAGCUGUGGGGUCACUGGAACUGCUGAGAGACUUGAAUGAGACAGUGUGUGGAGUUUUGGAGAGACAGCAGAGCACUGCUGAUGGUACUGUGCCUAUUAUCGAGCGUUCACUGCGAGUGUUAACAGAACAGGAAGAGCAAAAAGAGCAGGAGGAGGAGCAGCAGAGAGCGGCCGAGAAGAACAAGCCCAGGAUCAAACUGCGGAUCAAAUUGAAUUCGACGACAUCAUUGACAAAUUCUGGAGACGAAGAACCAAAUUUGGGGGAGCAGCAGGUCCCGACAUCCGCAUCUACUGCUGUUGAACCUAUGACGGGAACAGGAGCUCCGAAACUGAAGUUUAGGCUGCCAGUCCUUUCAUGCGUCAAGACUAACAAAAGGAACUCGAAUAGUGCCAAGCGGGCCGGUCGCGCCAAGAAGGCGAAAAUAUCCGACCCGGUCUUAUAUGAGACCGGUAGUGGGCUGGACGAUGCUGGGAGCGAGACAGAGCUGGACCAGCAACUGACCUCGGAUGAGGAGUGGACGGAAUUCGAGAGCCAGAUCGAUGAGGGCUUUGAUGAGGCCAAAGGGGACGACGAUAUGGAGGACGAUAUGGACGAUGACGGGAUGAUGGAUCUGAGAUCUUCUGAUUCCGAGUACGAGGCAGGCGACAGCAGAAAGAAGUCGCGGCGCCACCGAAAGGGCCAUUCAAAGUCGGCGUCCACUGCAGCGACGACGCGAAUGAAUGCCUCUUCUACAAGCGCGGCCAUCGGCGCCCCAAAGCCCCGUACUAUGCGUUUCUCAUCCGAGACGGUCUAUUUUGGCGAUGUGGACGGCUCUCCUUCGGAUCACGUUAGACCUUCAAAGGUUCAAAGCGAUGAGGAGAAGGAGGAGGAGAAGGAGGAGGAGGAGGAGGAAGUCGUGCUGGGCCUUGGAAAGAAGCGUAAGCUCACACCGCUGGAGUUUUCAAAGCUGAUCACGGCUACGUCGACAUCGACAUCGACCACGGCGUCAGCGACUGCAGCGAAGAAGAAAGCCGCGUCUGGCAGUACGGCCAAGGACCGUAUCAAGAGUCUGCUCAUGAAACGACGAUAGUCAAGUCGACUAACAUGGAUGGUCUUUGUCUCUUGGGUAACCAUCAGGAGGAUCAAAGCGAUGUAAAUAUAUGUAGUCCUUGAGCUGGAACUGGAAUGAAGCAACGUCUUUCUGUACGAGAGAAUCCGUAUUCCCUCCCCGCUCUUCUUCUUCGUCUGAAUCUUGCUUCACUUGUAAUAAUAAAACGGUUUCUGUAAUCAC